GCGCGCGCACGCUCGAGUCCCCGGGGGGCGCCGUCGGGCGACCCCCGACGGCGCGCCGGCUCCGGAGCGCCACCUGGCGGGCGGGCCGCGAUGAACGUGCCGCGCCUCGUGUGCCGUCACAAGACGGCCUUGGGCCUGGGCGCCCUGUCUCUGUUCGCCGCCGUGCUGCUCUAUCUGGCCAAGUGCACGUCGGAGGGCCUCAGGCCCGGCCCGGCCCUUGGGCCCCCCAACCGGGCCCAACCCUCACAGGACGUGGCCGUCGAGGCCCGCACCUUCCUGGCCGUGCUGGUGGCCAGCGGGCCCAAGGCGGCCGAGCGGCGCAGCAUCAUCCGCAGCACGUGGCUGUCGGGCCCCAGGCGGGGCCGCCCGGGCGACGUGUGGGGCCGCUUCGUGGUGGGCACGGCCGGGCUGCCGGCCGACCAGCUGAGGGGCCUGGAGCUGGAGCAGGCCCGCCACGGCGACCUCCUCCUCCUGCCCCAGCUCCGGGACUCCUACGACAACCUGACGGCCAAGGCGUUGGAAAUGUACGCCUGGCUGGACCGCCACCUGGACUUCCAGUUCGUGCUCAAGGCCGACGACGACACCUUCGCCCGGCUGGACGCGCUGCUGGAGGAGCUCAGGGCCCGGGAGCCGGCCCGCCGACGCCGGCUCUACUGGGGCUUCUUCUCCGGGCGGGGCCGGGUCAAGCCCGGGGGCCGCUGGCGGGAGGGGGCCUGGCUCCUGUGCGACUACUACCUGCCCUACGCCCUGGGCGGCGGCUACGUCCUGUCCGCCGACCUCGUGCGCUUCCUCAGCCUCAGCCGCGACUACCUGCACGCGUGGCAGAGCGAGGACGUGUCCCUGGGCGCCUGGCUGGCCCCCGUGGACGUGCAGCGGGUCCACGACCCGCGCUUCGACACCGAGUACAAGUCCCGCGGCUGCGACAACAAAUACCUGGUCACGCACAAGCAGAGCAUCGAGGACAUGCUGGAGAAGCACCAGACCCUGGCCCGGGAGGGCAAGCUCUGCAAGGAGGAGGUCAGGCUGCGCCUGUCCUACGUCUACGACUGGGCCGUGCCCCCCUCGCAGUGCUGCCAGAGGAAGGAUGGCAUCCCCUGAGGGCGGACCCCGGGGGCCCCGACCGGCUCCGCCGCCCGCCUCGGACUCCCCGGGGGUGGUCCCGGGCCUCUCCUGACCCCCUUCCGCUCCUUUAGAGCCACGUGGACUUCUCAAAACGGGCUGCCCGAGGGGCCGGCACAACCCGAACCCCGGGGGAUGCGCGGUCCGGGGGCCGCCCGGUCCCUCCCCGCCCCGUCCACCUCACCCACGGUCCAGUCGGAAACUCUGGCCGAACCCGGCCUCCUUUUGGGCAGGAUAGAAGGCCCAUUUGGAAAGAC